UCUAUUUAUCCACUUAUUCUGCAUUAUUGUUGAAUCUAAAAUUAAUUCGCUCUAAAUUCUACACUACUUGUGGGCUAACUGUUCCAAUGACAGAGGAGGAAUUCAUAAGUGAUAUUCUCAACAGUGGAAUACUAGUGUAUAUAUCGGGGCAUUGGUUGGCAGAACUGUAUCAAUCGGUAUUGGCUGACAAUCUUUUAGGAAACGCUGGAUAUGAAUGUAAGGAUGAGCUGAACGUCUCUCUGAUCAAUAUCUUAACGGACAUGGAUGGAUUGGGUAGUUGUGAACCCGGGGCUCAGCAACUGUCUGAUUACCGUCGACUUGAGAAAGCGGUAACGAAUCACAUCGUAAGUGAAAGGGACACCGAAUCGUCUGCCGCUCACAAAUUGGUUCGACGGUUAUUAACAGCAUUUUGGGAUUCAAUACUUGGAUGUCUAGGAAUUGUAUUUCGGGGCGACUUUAGUCAUAAGAGUGGAGAAUUGAAAGCAUCGGUGGCUUUCAAUAAUCUAUUGGGAUCCGACGCCAAAGCUAUUAUGAAUAGAAAAAUGAUGAUCACUUCUACUCUGGAUGGGCUACAAAUAGCCGCUAAACUCUGCAUUCAAUUAGGUCUUCAAUCGAGAUGCGAUAAAGUUGUGUUAAGCUGUGGAUUAGAGAUUGGUAGUCAUUGUAGUGCCUGUUGGAGAUAUGUAUUUAAAUGCUGUCAAUAUAUCAUGCAAUUGGAGCACAACUACUUCACGUCAAGACAUUCCUCAUUGUUGACCAGCACUCGCACGAGUUUGUGCUCAUUAAUCAAGUCAUCUCCAAAACAAUGCGAGCUCUACUAUAAUUGCGAAACUACUCUCGAAUCCACUUCAAUGCCCGGCAUUAAUGAAUUCGAAGAGAUUAAUACUGAAACAUGUAUUAACAAUCUCAUUGCAGAAACUACUUCCCAGAACAACGAUAGUAUUCUCAAAGACAAGCAAUUAGAGCGAGUGAUUGAUAUCUUAUCACAUUUGGUGGACUUGUUAUUUGAAGACGCGGCCAAUAAAUUGAAUUUGCGAUCACUUAAUGGAUUCCUCACUCAACUAUGUGUUUGCAGUGGAGAACAACUCUCUCUUCUAUCGAAAACAGAAUCGACGUCCAACUGUUAUUCUGGUAAAUCGCUGUUAUUGUUUCGUUUGAGUGAUGUUAUACUGAGAACUGCUCGAAGCGGACGACCAGUUCUACAUUUUAUCAAGUGUUGGUCUUCGGUGUCCUCACAUCUGGUCGAAGCGGCCACACAUUGGGACCAUUUUGUGGCCAAAAAGUCCAUUUCUACCAUUCAUGACAUAAUAAACGUGUUUUUGUCGACACACAACGAGUUGCCACACUUUCACUUCAAUGAGGCCCUAUUCAAGCCAUUUGAAAAUCUAUUAUUGUUAGAAUUAUGCGACACCGAUGUCCAGGAACUGAUCAUUAGUUCCAUCUGUGAGUUUGUCGAGGGAACCACUGAAGACAUCCGUUCGGGUUGGCGAUCACUUUUUGGUGCCCUUCGAGGCAUUCGUUUGCCACAAGUUUGUCCGCAAACCAAAUCGUGUGAUUCCCAGGAACUGGAAGUGGAAAGAGUUCGUCAGUUGGGAGUCAUUUUAGAUAUAUUUGAGGCUUUUUUACACACCGAUAAUCUGCAAGUGUUCGCCAACGCAGCCGUCGAUUGUUUGCUAUGUUUGCUUAAACUCGUGCAAAACCCGCAAACUAUUGCAAAUGAAAUGAGUAUCAAUGAUGAAACGCCAAAAUCACUUGAUUUGUGCCUAAUAUCAUUGAAAUACUUGCAUCAGUUCUCAUCGAUGUUGCGAUCUAUGUAUGAAAUGCCUGCCUGUCCUCUCUUCUCGUCCCACAAACUAAGUCACACAAUAAGAAUUAUAGAUACGACUCAUCUGAUGAGCAAAACAGGUGUUGCACCACAUCUGCCAAUUGUCAUCACUUUGGAUCGUAUGGACAAACCCAACAAAAUACUCAACAUUUGGUUUUUAUUGAUUGAUGAGUACUUACGGUCUAUCAAUAAGUGUAACCCAAAACAUGUCAACACUGCCGUUGAGAUGCUUUUCCAAUGGCUUAAUUGUCUGAUUGAAAUUCCUGCGAAUCAGAUAUUUCUGUUAGAAAGUCAAAGAAAUAUCGCAGAUAUGGACAGCAAAUACCGCACGUAUGGCGACAACCACUCCAACCCUAUACGAGACAAUCGCUCGUUUGUAUUUGUUAUCAAUGACGGCCAAAACACAUUCACAGUGCUAGUAAUUCAACUGACUUCGCAUUGGCUAAUAUUGCAAAUUAUAUCAUCAUUACUGUUGACUGGAAUACAGCCUGUGAUGCCUAAUGUGGACAAAUUGGUUCAUCCAAUGGAUAAUCAUUCAAAGCCCAAAUCAAAUGUUGGCGAAUGUAGUGACGAUUCCGUGAAAGAAAAUGGCGUUGAAAUGUAUGGUUUGGCCACAGAAUCCAAAAUGAAUCAAAUGAUGGCUCAAUACAAGAAAUACAAAGUACAACACUCGCCGAUACCACCCAUUCCUCCCACUCCUCCCAAUCCAACCACAACCACACCAUCCACUCCAACACUGUCUCACAUUCCUAACACUAUUGAUGCUAACAACACAAAUACUAUCAACGAUAAGACCCGUUCAUUAGAGAUGAUUCAACACCAAAAACACAUUCACUUAAUGGAUUCACAAGCAUUUCAAAUAUUAUGGAGUGAAAUCAUAUCUAUGGCUAUAGAACUGCACGUUUCACUUCCAUCGCAUCAAUUCAAACAACUUAUGACAUCCUUAUUGCCAGCCAUUCAACAAUUAACAGUGUAUUGCAAUGACAACCGUCUUAGGCAUACCAUCUCAUUGUGGAUCACCAAAGUUGUCGACAUUCAUGUCAUUGAUCAAUAA